AUGGCUUCUAGCAACCCUGAGCAUCAAAUAGGGGCAAGAGUAUCAACAAGGGCAAUCUUGGUCACCCGCUUGGCCGAGUGCAAGCGUCGCUAUGGCUCCAAUGCCAAGUCUAAAGUUGAUUUUGGAGUUGUGGAGGAGGUUGUUUGCGGCAAAGCAAAGACUGGUCGAGCCAAUUAUGCAAUCAAAGCAAGAUGGACCCUUGAUCACGUCAUCAACCACUUUUGGGUUUACGUGACUGAUUUUGUUGUCAUCCACAUACCAGCAUAUGGUGCACUGUUUACCCUCAAAAAUUCCAUUUGCGACGCAUAG